AUGCCUUCCAGGCAAGAACUUCGAGACCAUGAUCUCCUUUCGCCAUCCGCUUACGACGACGAUGUCACGUCUCCGCGAUCGCUAUCAGAACAAGACUCCGAUUCCGAAGACGAUGAGUUUCUGCGCGCGAAUCGAUCGUCGAUGGAGCUUGCCAGGCAUGACAAAACUGUAUUAGAGGAGGAAGAGGAGAUGGAGAAGCUACUCGUGAGAAGUGGCCCAGCAGAUGGGUUGCGACGUAUUUUUAGCCCAACGUCCGGUCCCGUACGUAUAGGGAAGCGGGAUCGCAGUCGGCGGCGAGAGAGAAAGAGGAGCAUACAAGGCAAACCGCACCAAGAAGGAGAUCUUAUGUUCGAAAUGGAAGAGGGUUUCCGGGAUUUCUCGGAUGUCGAUAGCAUUGAUUCCUUCAACUUAGAUGAGAAGGAUGUGGAUGAUUGGCAGGACAAACCUCCGAAACGAGGUCUAUGUGUGCGGCUCACACUAGUGUUUUCUGCCAUCGUCGUUCUCUUCCUAAUCCUCCUGCUCGGCGCAUAUAAGGCUUCCAAGGAUACGCACGUCACGAAGAAGGUUAGCCCGAACCUUCUUUCGAACGGGACAGCGCUCUUCGCUCCAACAACCAUCGUCGUAUCUCUCGACGGAUUUCGUGCCGAUUUUCUGAAUCGUGGAUUGUCGCCGACUUUGAGCAAGUUCAUUUCCGAAGGUGUUUCGCCGAGAUUCAUGGUUCCAAGCUUUCCUAGCGUCACGUUUCCAAAUCAUUUCACGCUAGUCACCGGUCUGUAUCCUGAGAGUCAUGGAAUGGUGGCAAAUGAUUUCUAUGAUCCAAACCUUGAGGAAUAUUUCACCGUCAAACCAGGGCUUAGUGAUAACGCAAAGUGGUGGACAGCAGAGCCUAUUUGGGCGACGGCUGAGAAGCAAGGCAUCCGUACUGCCAUUCAUAUGUGGCCAGGCUCAGAGGCACACAUUGGUAACAUGGAUCCGACGUUCUACGACAAGUUCAAUGGAACAGAGAUUCUUUCGCGUAAAGUCGAUCGGGUUAUGGAAUUUCUUGACUUCCCAGGUGAAGAAAGUGAUGAAGGCGUCAAGAAACUUCGCCCACAAUUUAUUGCAACAUACGUGCCGAACGUUGAUACUGCUGGCCAUCUUUAUGGUCCGAACAGCACCGAGAUUCGAUCAGUUAUUACCUACGCAGACGACAUGCUUGCGGGCAUUUUAGACGGGCUGGAAGCUCGAAAUUUGACUGAUAUAGUCAACAUCGUCGUUGUUUCUGAUCAUGGAAUGGCUACAACUUCUACAUCACGAACUAUCCAGCUGGAUGAUCUGAUUGAUGUAAACUUGGUGGAGUAUAUAGACGGUUGGCCUUUGAGAGGUAUACGGCCAAAGACGCCGGAAGAUUUGGAUGUCUUAAAAGCCCAGCUGGCAGAGAAGGCGGAGGAGUAUUCCGAUGGGAUAGAAAUCUAUACCAAGGAUACGAUGCCGGAGAGAUGGCAUUUUACGAAUAAUGACCGAAUCGCACCGUUGUGGGUUAUACCUAAGGCUGGUUGGGCUGUCGUGGAACGACCUGAUUUUGACGUGCAAGAGGCACUGGCAAAGGACAUUGCUUACCGGCCCAGAGGCAUUCAUGGAUAUGACAAUUAUCAUCCCUUGAUGCGAGCCAUUUUCGUCGCUCGAGGACCUGCUUUUCCUCAUCCUCCUAACAGUCGAGUUGAAGAAUUCGAGAAUGUGAACGUAUACAAUCUCAUUUGCGAUUCAAUCGGAAUCAAACCGCUACCCAACAACGGCACAUUGCAUCUUCCCUUCACUACUAUUGGUCUGCACAGUGACGACGAUGCCCCAGGUCUUGAUACACCAGCGGAUCCUCCACAAACAGCGGCGACCAUGAGCCCAUCCCCGUCUCCAUUAACUAAAAGCACAUCUCCUGCGCCUGUGGCAACUCCUCCAUCGCAGGAAGUUUCAGCUGAAACACCAUCAGAUCUUGAUGACGAAGGUAAUGAUGAUGUCGACGACGAAACCUCGUCACUGCAGUCAUUCUAUGACGGGGUCAAGGAUACCUUGAGCUCGAUUAAAGACUGGUUUGGCCAGUUAUUCUCUGCAAAAGAAGACAAUCAUCCGCCUUCAUAG